GUGAGAUCAGUUUAGGAUGGCAGUGCAGUGGGCAUCUUUGCUCGAAUUCAAUUUCUAGAUGAAAACUGGACUUGAGACGACUUAAAAAGAAAAAGUGACUUUGUUGUUGUUGUUGUUGUUGGAAGUCAUGCGCCUGUUCACGUGUCUGCUGUCUGCGCUGAUUUUAUGCAAGAAUGGGAAAACGACUGGAGAGUUCACUCCGACUGGACCCUCUCUGCAUAUCAAUGACGGAAACUUUUCAAACCGGGAUCACAUGAAACAAGAGCCUUUUCAGUACCAACAACAAGUGCUCGAUCCCUUGUCAGGCUCUGCCUUUAACCUAAAGGUCCAGGUCAAUGAUGUGCUGCAUCGUAAGCAACUCAGCAAGGCAGAGGUGGAAGUCUAUAUCAACUACACCAGGACUAAUACAGCUCUUACUGGGGAGGAUGGCAGUGUUUUGCUUCAUGUACCAUACCAAACUGGGACACCUAUCACAAUUGUGGCCGGCAAGGAUGGCUACAUUUACACACUGCUGCCGUGUAAAACCAACACAAUGCCAAUAUUUUCAUCUGUGACCAUGUCGCUACUUGGUCUGAAUCAGGGGAACAUCUGGCUCUUUGAAGAUUCUGUCCUGAUCACUGGUAAAACAUCUGAUGCUUCGUCACAGCCCAUUGUCCAAUUUCCCAAGAGCCUCCUGAAUCUGACAGAUGGGGGUAAUGUGACCUCUGUUAAAGCCUACCUGACCAUUCCAAAACUGCCAUCAGAAGAGAGUUUUCUGGACACCUUGGGCAUUGUGAGCACUAAAUCAGGAUAUGUCAGUGUGGAGUUGAGUCCAGUGGCGGCUGUCAGUGUGCAGCUUUUCUCCGGAGAUGUAGAGUUACAUUUGAGUGGACCCAUACAAAUCAACCUCAGCAUUCCUGACAGCUGCGGACUUCAAACUUCAAAUGUUGUUCCAGCUUGGUUUUUUAACCGGACCACUGGUGGAUGGAUGAGAAAAGGACUAGGGACGGUGGUAUCGAUAGAGGGAAAACUUGUGUGGACAUUCACGGCUCCUCAUCUUGGUUACUGGAUAGCAGCACCUCUUUCAUCCCCCAGAGGUUUCUUUGGAGUUGCCAUCUCCACUGACUUCAUCUUGCGCCAUUCAUCUUUCCUGAUGGUUAUCCUUGGAGGAACGCUUGUUAUUGUCAUCUGUCUUUUGGUUGGGUUUUUGUUUUAUUACAGACGUCCUCUUAGAGACUCUAAAAUAAAGAAGAUCCCAGUGAUGAGAAAGGACCAAACCACCUCUACAUGUGAUGAUGAAGUCUUUGACGUCUGUUCAGGGGACCCCUCUCAUCCACAGGAUGGACUGAGCCAAUCAUUCACAGAAAGGGCAGAUAAUCGGCAUAAUGCCUCUGUUAUUUCUAUGAACAAUGGCAAUAUCAUAGCCAACCCUAAUGCUGUGGCCAUUACAAUGGAGUGUAACGAACUGGAGCUAAACACUGAUGAUGAUGAUCUGACUAAUCUGACUAAGCACAUUAGAGUUCCAGCUUCUCUGACCGAGAAUUUGUUUUUCUACAACCAGCCUGUUGCCAUUCUUCACGCUCCAGCAUUCUUCCAUUUGGAGGAGCAGCCAGAGGAGCCCCAAUGGAGCAAGUCGGCCACACUUCCUCGUGCAGGGGCUUCAAACAGUGCUGCCACUGAGCCUCUGAGUAAAGACAGCUUCACCCAGACUCUGCCAAAAGGUCCCUCUGCCACCCAGAACCAACCAAUAGAAACAGAAGACUCAGAGGUUUUAGAGGGCUCUCAGGCAGCAACCUCCACCAACACAUCCAGGGGUCACUUCACCCUGCCAGAGUCAGUAUCAGUCCCUGGAACAUUGAAUAAAAUGGGCGGCAGCAGGCACUCAGUGCACGCCCUGGCAGAACUUUCUAAAAUCCCCUCACUUCACCCUCCUCGAGCCUGGUUUGUAUCACUGGAUGGCAAGCCCGCAGCCGAGAUCCAUUACGCUGUGUCAGAGCAGCAUCGGAGACGAAGGCCAGUGGAGAGUCGAGAAACCAGCUUAGACUCAGGAGUGGACAUGAGCGAACUAAAUCAGACGUCUGUAAGGAGGGCUGUAACACUGGAGCGCAAUGUUACUUUUGUCAAAAGCACAUCCAGCAGUAAACAUGCAACUCCACAGUGAAACCUCUUCCUGCUUCCAGGCCUACAGCUCUUUAAGUUUGUGAAUUAACAGCAUCAGUUCCAUCUUUAACAACACAUUUAUGUUACCGCUUCAUAUUUUACAUAUUAAUAUUAACGUGUAAAACCAAACUUCUACCGUCAGAUUCCACAUGGUCUGUGUUGCAACUGUUCAGCAUGUGCGUGUACAGCACAAAAGUGUAAACAGUCCAGUGUGUUGACAUUUAUGCGUACCCCUCCAGCUUUUUAUCUCUUAUCUGCUUCCUCGACAGGCAGAAACAUAAAAAUUUUUGCAAAGUGUUUCACACUGAUAAUGUGUCCAGACAGACCGACCAAUCGCAAACGGACAGACCAUAAUGGCAAACUUAACAUGACUGAAUGUUUGGUAUUAUAAUAAUGUCAUUUAAAUUUCUAUAUGUGCACGUUUUUGUGUAUGUUGUCAUGAAGUGAAUCAUUUCAUUAUAUUUUAAUACAAAAAAACUGACCUUUGUGAUGAGCAUUUUUAAUAGUUUCCAGCACAAUAUACUAUUAUUAUAGUAUUACUAUGUUGUAUAAAUUCUAUUGCUACAUUAUUACAGUCAAAAUGCAAGUGACCUCAUGACAGUCGGUUCAUGUCUUAUACAUGAAAUCAAAUUUUAUUGUUGUUCUUAUUGUCAUUAAUGUUAAUAUUGCCUAAGCAAAUGAUGUUUUCCCUCCCUUUUGUCCAAAUUAUUGAUCAUCUGAUUUUUCCAGAAACUCUUUAAACAGUGGUUAAAGAUAUUACUUAAGUACUGGUACUCAUUAUGCAGAAUGGUCCAUAGAAUCAUAUACUGCAUUAUAUUUAUUGCAUAUGCAUUAUGAUUGAAAGGAAAUGUUAAUUGUUUUAUUUCAAUCAGGAGACACUUUUCAAAGUAGUUAACUUCAUUUAUUUGACAUUUUGGACAAUAAUAAAGAAGAAAUAUGUGAGAAGUCUUCGGCAAUGCAUAAGUUAGUAUGAAGAGCUGUUUGAGUGUUUAUUACAUAUCCUUGACAUCAAACAGUUAUUUCUUGUACUAGUAUUGCAUUUUGGCAUGUCUAUAAGAAAGUAGUACUAGUACCUAACUCGUUCUUUACUGGUUGUGUUUCUCAAUGCUGGAUUUUUUUUUUACCUCAGAUAGUCAGGCAGAUUUGAGUGUGUCCAGGCUGGUCACAUCAUUAACAGGAAUCACACUUGGCUUAUCUGCAUCCUGCUGCAUGUGGUCUCGUCAUGGGUGGGGCUCGUAACAGGAUGUUUAUUCUUUGCUGGACUGGGUUUAAAAAGCAGAAGAAAAAGAAGAAGAAAAAGGAAAGAGUUUACCCAUUUCUUCACGCACAACUACACCACUGAUGAUAUUUGACCAAAAUGAACUCAAUAAGUGAAUAGUUCAUCUAUUAAAACAGAACUGAGUGCUGUAUAUAUUUUUUUAAACAGAAUUAAAACAGGAAAAUAUAAGAAGUCACCGGGAACACAUUGAUGACACUGAAAAGUGAAGUGACAGAAUAAAGCACCUGAGAUACAAGCAGGGACGGACUGGCAAGGUUAGGCUAGGGCGCAUGGCGCAUCUAUGGCGCACGAGAAAAAAGUUGUGGGCUGCUCUGGUCCAAAAUGCCAGGGCCGAAUUUCUGUCCCAGUCCGCCCAUGGAUACAAGUAAAUCACAUGUUGAAUCAGUCGGAAGGCGGGGCUGUGUGCUUCAGUGCAAAGUUUAAAAUCAAUGCUCAGACUAAGAGAGGACUGAGUUAUAAACUGUGCUGUAUGCUGUGUGCGAAUUCACGCCUGAACUGUGGAGCUACUACACGAUUGGUUAACAGGAUAAGGAGACAUAACACGAUACAGACUUCACCUUCAUAAAUAACUGGUUCUUCCUCUUUUCACUCACUUUUAGUUGUUUUUUUUUUUACAGAUUGAUGUGACAGCAAAAAAGGUAUCGACCAGUACAUGGUGUACCCUGCAUGUAGCAGUAUGUUGAAUCAGUCGUGAGGAAGCUGUGUGCUUCAAGUUCAAAAUCAGAAAGGAAUGUCACCCAUAAACUGAGCUGUACGUGUACUGCAGCGUUACUAUGCGCAAGGAGUGCGUGGAGGAAUGAGGAAAUAGGACGAGAUACAUCUGUUUUCUUUUAUCAUGGACCCGAAGUUAAAUCAAAAGAUUGCUUCAAUGCUUUCAGGUGACUGAUUAUAUCUUUAAUCAGUGUGGGAAUAUUUGAUCUGGCAGCCGCCUCCAUCAGUAGCUGAUGGUACCAGUGUUGUUACAAACAGAGUCGUAACAAUUAAGAAAGCCAAAAACCUCAACAUGAAGAUUGAAACAGUGAGUGAUCGUGACAACCGUCCAUCUGAAAAUAAUGUAGGACAGCUGCCCCAAGCACAUUACACUGCACGUGAUGGAAGUGUAAUAUGUAAUGAUGAAAUACAUGCCGACGAGGUUGACGGUGAUCUUGACCUGUCAGUGUGUACGAAAAAGUAAUCAGUCUGUCUGGUUCGCACUGAUUGAGGAAAAACUAAUAGAGAGGGUGCAGGAACUUCACUUCGGCAGCAACAGGAAUGAUUCCUCUGCAGUUCCUGUCGGUUUUCACAGCUUUAUUUCUGUUCAGUUUAUAUUAGCUUUGGUUAGAAUGAAGAAGCCAGAUCCUUCAUCCCAUUGUGGGUCAUUCUGGGUGCCUUCCAUGCCCUUUUGUGCAUUUUGUCUGACCCAUCAGCCUUCUGUUAUGUUUUGUUGAUUUAUGAUCACAGUUUUUAUUAAUUAAUAAACAAAAUGCUUUUUUUCUGCAACCACUUGACUCUUUUGGUUAUGUGACCUCUUUUAUAACAAGCCUUCUUGAGGGGCCUUAAGACAGUUGCUCACUGUCCAUGUGUCCACAUGAUCAACUUUCUGCUAUAGCAACACUAGUUCAGCUAGCAUUCAACGCACAGUCCAGCAUAAACUAGAUGUAAGCGUUUUGGGAAUUUGAUCAACUACAUGCCUGAUAGUGGAAGAGUGUUAAUGAAUGAGCUAUUACACGCUGAUUUUCAACAUAGUUUUGAGCUUAUGGUAUUAGAGGUUCAGGAGAGAUGGCCUGUGUUGUUUUCCAUUGUUCUCGUUUAUUUAGUAACAGACCUUUUUCACAGCAGCCAUUCACUAAUUAAGGUUCCGUUACAUUUGUUGAAGCAGAAUCUUUCCAUCAACAUGCACCACAGCAGCACGCUGACCCUGUUUGACCUGAAUGAACAGAACCUUAAUCAGUAUCACUGGUAACACCUGCAUUUACCCUACUAUCUUAUAUCAAAAUGGCUGCUGUGAAAAAUAGGUCUAUUGUUUUGCGUGGUCGUUGCAGUGUGUGUAGUUGGGAAAGGAUGAGUAUACUACAUAGACUAUAAAGAAUGAAGAUCUGCUCUGAAGUGUGGACAGAUAAAUUGGCUAUACCACUCCACUACCCCCCCUCCAUCACACAGCACUACACCACCAGCACUGGAAUUUGUUUGUUUGUACAAAUUAAUAAAACUUGUUUUUUUUUUGUUUGUUUUUUUGGCUGUAACUAAAUUAUAUGUAUCUGCGUACAAAAAUUCAAUACAAAUAUACCCUAAUUGAGAUUUUGCGGGGAGUCUUGCCAUCCUUAUGCAAAAUGUAUUUAAAUACGCAGGGGUGCAUGAGGCUGCACAGGAACAGGAUGCGCAUAGCAGAGUUGGCACCUCUGUGCACAUGUUUCCAAGAACCGUACACAGAGUUUCCUGUGAAUAAACAGUUUGUGGCGCACCCCUCAGAGUUCAGACUGAGAGGGGAGUGAGCAAUGUACACAGUGUACGCUGCCUCUGUAAUCUGAACCCGUAGAGCACGAUUGGUUAAAACUAUGAGGAAAAAGGAAACGAUGCAUCCCUCCACCUUCUGAAGUAAACUUAGAGUGACAACACAAAGCUCUUUUACUUUCUGUUUACUGUAAAACAGACAACAUUAAUUUUUCCUCCUCGGAUUCCUUCAUUUUUUAUUUGAUUUUUUCUGUUCAACAACAGUUUGACCCGUCACGGCAGAGAUCAUGUCCUGGCUUGGCUGGCUGCGAUCAUUGUGGGAGAUCAUUUCGUCAUGGUAUGGACAAUUUACAGGGCCUCCUCCAUCAGAAGUUGAUGGCGGUCAUGUUUCCAACAUAGACCUAAAAAUGAAGAAAACAAAAAACAUUAAUGCGAGGGUUGAAACAGAGAGUGGCUCUAGCAGCUGUCCAUCUGAGAAAGAGAAUAAUGCUGGACAGGGUUCCCAAGCACGUUACACUGCACGUGGUGGCGGUGUAAUACGUAAUGACAAAAUAUGUGUCGACGAGGUCGAUGGUGAUGUUGACCUGUCAGUGACUAUAAAAAAAGUAAAGUAAAAAAAAAAAAAAGUAAGUCUGUCUGGACUGGUCUGAACCCAGAUGCUACAUCCCAACAUGGCUCAAUGCUGUUGGCCUAUUUCUUUUUGCUGAUUAAUAAAAAAUAAAAAAAAAA